GAAGUGGAACAAGUGAAUGGAGAAGCAGGGAACUUCGCCAGCCGUGUCCCUCCGGAUGGUGCCCGCGCUGCUCAGCAUCCCCUAAAGAGAAACUUGGGGUUCGGGACGGGGCUACGAUGAGAAUAGUUUUCUGUGCGCUGCUUGAGCACAGAGAGCGGCUUUUCUUCCACAGCAUCGCCUGCUUUGAAGAUGAGAGGGAGGAAGAGGGCGGGUUGAAGCUGGAGAAAUAAGUGCUCUCCUCGAAGCGGAUGCUUCUUGCGCUUCCCAGAUGACCUUUUGCUGAAAAUGCAGCCUCUCCAGCUGACCGGUUUUUACUUUGACUGCAAAGUGUGUGAAACUGAGCCCUGACUCCUUGCCAGAGCCUGGUAUGGGCACUUCGGGGCUUAACAAUAUGGGGCAUCUCUUGUCACCUCUCCUCUUGAGCCUGGCAGCAGUUUUUUCCAAAGUGACUGAGAGUCGUGGGAUCCUGGAGAGCAUACAAAGAUUUUCUUUACUGCCAACUUACUUGCCUGUGAGCUAUCRUAUCCACAAUGCGGAUAUUUCCUUCUUUCUCAAGGAGGCCAAUCAGGAUAUUAUGAGGAAUUCCAGCUUGCAGUCCCGAGUGGAAUCCUUUCUGAUCUACAAAUCUAAGAGGCCACCUGUGUUAAAUGCCAGCUACGGACCCUUUUCCAUUGAGCAAGUAGUGCCCCAGGACUUAAUGUUGUCUUCAAAUCCCUUUGCAUCUACUAACAAGUUCUCCUUCAACUGGAAACUGAAAGCCUWCAUCAUGAGCGACAAGAUCUACCCGAGCAAGCCCAAAGUGCAGAUCCUCUUCUACAUCGUGGGCAGGGACUGGGAUGACUACAGCACCACGGAGCGGCUGCCCUGCCUGCGGGUCUUCGCCUUCCGAGAGACGCGGGAGGUCCGGGGCAGCUGCAGGCUCAAAGGAGACCUGGGCUUGUGCGUGGCCGAGCUGGAGCUGCUGCCCGCCUGGUUUAGCCCCCCCACGGUUGUUGCUGGACGGAAGAAACUCRCGGAUCAGUCGGAAGGGAGCCCCGUGGAGCUGUACUACACCAUCCARCCGGGAGACGACAGAGGGGAAUGUGUGAAGGAGGAUGUAAGAAAAAGUAACGGCAUCCGCUCGGGACACAAUGACAUUGAUGAGUCAGGACCUCCCUUGCAAAGAAUUGGAAGUGUUUUUCUAUACCAGACACAUGCUGGCCCUUCCUUAUAUGAAAUGAGGUUGGAUAACAACAUUGCCAUCCAAUACACACCAAAGACUGUCAAGCAAGGUGACAUUUUGACUUUUAUUGUAUCUAUUGCUAAAAAUUCAACAGAAGAUCAGUUCACAUUGAGAGCAAAGGUGAAGAAAGGAUUGAAUGUUUUCAGCGUACGAGCCAGCAGCCCAUACUUAUGGGACAUCAGAGAGACCCUGGGUUACACYGGGAAAUAUGCACCAGCUGUUAUUGUUUGCCAGAGGAAAUCUGUUACCUCAGAAAACAGUGCGGAUGGUCCAUCCUCUGAAAUCAUGCAGAUUGACUUUGAAAUCGAAGACCUCACUGACCCACCUGGGACCCAACUCAUCACGUGGCAGGUAGAAUAUCCUGGUGAUACAACAUCUGAUCUAGGCAUCUCCAAGAUCUAUGUAAGCCAGAAGGACCUGGUAGGAGUUCUCCCUUUGGCUAUGGAAGCAGAGAUCCUGAACACAGCUAUUCUCACUGGAAAAACGGUGGCAGUUCCAGUCAAAGUGGUCUCCGUGGAAGAUGAUGGGACUGUGACUGAUCUUUUGGAGUCUGUGGAGUGCAGAUCAUCAGAUGAAGAUGUCAUUAAGGUUUCUGACAGAUGUGAUUAUGUCUUUGUCAACGGGAAGGAAAUGAAAGGCAAAGUGAAUGCCAUAGUUAAUUUUACUUACCAGCAUCUGAGUGCCCCUUUAGAAAUGACAGUCUGGGUUCCUCGUCUCCCGCUGCAGAUAGAGGUCUCUGACACAGAACUAAAUCAGAUCAAGGGGUGGAGAGUCCCCAUCAUCUCUAAUAAAAGACCAGUCAGAGACAGCGACGAUGAAGAGGAGGAUGAACGAAAGGGAAGAGGCUGUGCCCUCCAGUACCAGCAUGCGAUAGUGCGAGUCCUCACACAGUUCGUAGCUGAAGCCCCAGACCCUGGUGGCCAGCUGAGCUAUUUGCUGGGUCCUGACUGGCAGCUUGACAUCACCGACCUGGUGAGUGACUUCAUGCAGGUGGAGGAGCCACGGAUCGCGAAGCUGCAGGACGGACAGGUGUUGAUUGGACAGGAGCUUGGAAUGACCACAAUUCAGAUAUUGUCMCCCCUUUCAGAUGCUAUCUUGGCUGAGAAGACAGUGACAGUUCUGGAUGAGAAGGUGACAAUAACCGACCUGGGAGUGCAGCUGGUAACUGGAUUGUCGCUUUCUCUGCAGCUCAGUCCAGGAAGCAAUAAGGCCAUCUUUGCUACAGCAGUAGCACAAGAGCUGCUCCAGUCUCCCAAACAGGAAGCAGCCAUCAGCUGCUGGAUCCAGUUCAGUGAUGGCUCUGUCAUGCCUUUGGAUAUUUAUGACUCCAAAGACUUCUCCUUAACAGCUACAUCUCUGGAUGAGAAGGUGGUCUCCAUUCAGCAUGACCCCAAAUUCAAGUGGCCUGUGAUUGCCGCGGAGACAGAAGGCCAGGGAACACUGGUGAAGGUGGAGAUGGUGAUCAGUGAAUCAUGCCAGAAAUCCAAAAGGAAGAGCAUCCUGGCUGUUGGGAGUGGUAGCAUUAAAGUCAAAUUUGGGCAAAGUGAUGCCAACCCUAACAUCAGCGACAGCAAACACAGAGGUGCUGGUGUCCACCUAGAAAAUCAUGCUAGUGAUCGRCGUCAUAAAACCACACUGCUGGAAAGAGCUGGGGCAGAUGGCCAGUAUUACAGUUCCUCAAUGGGCCAAGURGAAGGCAAAUGGACCACCACUCAAAAGUCUAUUUUGAGUAAAAAGGAAGACAGAGAAAGUCUUCUGGAUGAUGACRGUCAUCUUCAGAACAUCCCAACAGAUUUCACAGGCUUCCCUGCCCAGGUAGAUCUGCCAAGAAGCAAUGGAGAUCUGGAAGAAAAUGAUCUAGUCCAAACUCCCAGGGGACUCAGUGAUCUGGAGAUAGGAAUGUAUGCUCUGCUAGGAGUCUUUUGUCUGGCAAUUCUAGUCUUCCUUAUCAAUUGUGUCACCUUUGCUCUGAAGUACAGACAUAAACAAGCUCCCUUUGAAGAGCAAGAGGGUAUUAGCCACUCUCAUGACUGGGUCGGGCUGAGCAACAGGACGGAGCUUCUGGAGAAUCACAUAAACUUCUCAUCCCAACAGGAAGAACAUAUCACAGCCAUUGACAGAGGAAUGGAGUAUGAAGAGAGCAAAUAUCUUCUCAACACAAAUGCCUCCCAGAACAUUAAUGGACAAGCUUUUAGGUCUACUGAGUCCACAUUCACUGAAGGGAAAGAACAGAAAAGUGAACCAACCGCUUCUCCUACCUCUAAGAGGAAACGGGUUAAAUUCACCACUUUUACCACCAUCUCCUCUGAUGAUGGGUGUCCAACUGUCAACUCUAUCUUGAUGAGCAGUGAGGAUGAUAUUAAAUGGGUCUGCCAGGAUAUGGACCUGGGGGAAUGCAAAGAACUAAAAAACUAUAUGGAGAGAUUACAUGAAAAYGUGUAAUGAGACACGAAAGACCUUUUUUCAUUUGGUUUGUUUUUUUGAUUUUUCACUCACCUUCUGCCUUUAAUUUUGGGUAGUGGGGUAAAGUGUUGCAUUGAUAAGAAGAAUCAGAUGGUGGAUAGUAACUCAAUGGAGCCCUGAGAAGCCACCCAAAAGCAGCUAGGAGAGCAGAGAUCCCGGGCAGCUCUUACAAGCCUAGUCUUCUCUGUGCUCAGAGACAAAAGUGAGGGAUGUGUGAGGUUUUUGAUACCUGGUAACAUGAGAAAAAAAAWUAGCAAAAUAAUAAGAUCUCAUUCUCUGAGCUUUCCCAGGAAGUCAAUAAAUAUAACAAACUCCAGUGCAGUUUGGAUAUUACAAAGUUCACACAGCUCUACUGUUCAAUAUUGCAAGCUUUGGUUAAAAGCAAAAAAUUGGUCUCAGGAUAAAYAGAUCAACGAAGAAAGCAUGUCAUUCUUCAAGAAAGCCACAUGCAGAGAAUAUCUAUCCAGGAACAUUAAUCUAAAGCUGAGAAAACCAACCACGUGUGCAGAGCACCUGCCAUAGCUGCAAUGUCAUGAGUUUUGCAAAGAAUCUUGAGGGGGAAAAAGGAAUAACUGGGCUGUUUACAAACCAGCAUGUUUGCCUCCCAAGCACUGAGAAUGGAUACACAUAUACAGUUAAAACUGAACCUCUCUUUUUAAGCAGUUGCCAAGAUAAUAAACUUUGCCAGCCAAUUUUCGGUAUUUCUUAAUUUGUAAAAUAGAAGAUAUAAUCUGUAAUCAGAAUACCACUUCAGUAAAGGAAGGUCUGUUUUGGAACAUUUGAGAGAACCAAGCUAUUUUUAAAAGCCCACUUUCUCUGAGUGUCCUGUUUCAUAUUUGUAUUCCCAGUAUAUCUCUGGAGCACGUCCCAAUUUGUAGUCUGAGGGCAUCUCCUAGCAUCAGUCAGCAUUGGAAGCACGGUGGCUUCUUCCUUCCCUUCCCUACCCAACCCAGCACACUCACUUUGCCACACUGCGCUCUUGCCAAGCACAGACACUCGUGGUACCACACUGGUACUUGCUUUACAUGAUGUCAUUUACCAAAGUCCACACUCUUUUGGGUAAGUGUAACUUGUGCUGAACUCCAACARCAACUGCCCCUUUGUCCUCCCCUCUCCUGGGAGAUCUUCUUUUGAUAUUGUUUGGUUCCUUCUGCUCAUGCUUCUUUAGACUCACGCUCAGCACGUUGAGAGGGCACUCAAAGGUGGUGAAGGAGUGCUGUACACCCAAAGGUGUUUAAAUCUGAGUAGCUAAACUAUGUAGAUAAUUUUUUUCUCUUACAGGUAAUGUUUAGCUUUUAUUUUCCUCCUUUAAGGAUGUACAUAUGRUAGGACUUCAGUGAUUACCUUUUGAAUCUGAUGUGCCCUCCAGCCCUAAAACCAUGACAUCAUUUGUGUGGUCUGAAAGCAGUCUCCAGUGACCAGUGGCAAAGUGUGAAGGCACUAAAUAAGAUCUGGCUUAUAUUUCAAAUUCUUCUUCAUUUUCCAGAGUAAGACCUUGCCCUCCUUUUGUUAUUAAAUCCCUUUCUGUCUUUGAAUCUAGGUUGCUGAGUUUAAUACACACCCACUCUCCCACAAACACUUAUAUUGACUCCAUCUAUAUUUAGAAUGUACUGUAGAUUGUAAGAAUGUAAUAUAUG